AUGGCGAAUGCCAGAAAUGAUGAAUAUUUUGAAAAAUUUGAUGUGAAUAAUUGGAGUUAUGAUGAAUUUCGAAAAUUCUUGACAGAUAAAAAAUGUAGUGAAACAAUUGGGAUAAACUCCUUGAAAGAGAUUAGUAAAGAUAAUAAUUAUCCUAUAAGAUGUCAACCAUCUAUCGAUAUAUUGGCAGAUAUCGAUCACUCUGCAAUUACUUUAGAAAUUAUAUCAAAUUUUCUCUAUAGGAAUCCAGCAUCAAAACAUAAUAAUCUCAAAAUUGUCAAGAAUUUGCAAAUGGAACUAGACCAGACUUUACCGUGCAAAAUGAUUCGAAUUAUGGAAUCUUUACCUCGACAAAUAAGAUCAACAAUGGCUUUGCCAAAUUAA